AUGGUACAACAAGAUAUAGUCAGUGUUCGUGUGUUGAAUAAGCAGGACACGGUAGCUAAUGAAAGAUAUGUCUACUUGAAACACAGUGAGUAUCAUGUGGGGUCGGGCAUCGCCGGGGUAUUGACGUUCCCAGUAUCAGCCGGAUUUCCAUCAUUUAAGGAGCGUGUGGUAAAAGAAGGAGAAUAUGGCUUUCCACAACACAAGCUGGUACUAUUAUUGCAUGGUCACUCGUCCCACAAAAACGCAGUUUAUCUCCCUCUCUUGGCGAAGACGCUUGGUGAUAUGGGCUAUUAUGUACUGAGGAUAGACUUCCGGAACAUGGGUGACUCAGAGCCAAACCGCGACGAGAAAGUUGGACGCACAAUUUCACAGGAUUGUGAAGACAUCGAAACUGUAUUCCAGUUCGUCUCUACGGAGCAGUGCCGCGAACUCGUAGGCCACUAUUUGACGCUGGACACUAUUGUGGCACAUUCGCGAGGAGUCAUGUCGAUGUUCGAGUUCGCCAGAACUCGUUACGUCCCUAACUUGGUCAAUGCUUGUGGGAGAUUUGUAGCUUCCGGUUUGUACGAGAAGUCACGGCGCAGAAAUCCUAAUUGGGAUAAAGAGGGCGGAUUCAAGUGUUCCAUGCUUCGGUACGGUAAAAUUCAGGAGCUUUGGAUUCCUAAGUCAGAAACAUUAAGUGCGGCGACUGUCGAUACAGCCAAGUUUGCCGAGAUAGAUCCGCGCACAUGGGUGAUGUCAAUAUAUGGAUCUUAUGAUGAUGUUAUUCCUCUUAGUGCGAUCACGCAGUAUUCUAACUUGUUUGAGGGAAGACACACGUCAGACAUGGUUAUGUAUGCAGAUCACAAUUUUUAUGGACUACCGGAUGAUCCCAACGUUCACGAUUUGCCACUUCGUAAAGGCAAAGUGAACUAUAAUUUCGUGGCUGUAGAAAGGAUCGCGGCUCAUUUACAACCUGAGAAGCAACUUCAACGGUUUUACAAAGUGAGUAGCCAGAUCGCAAGUAAGCAGAAUCCCGCCGACAUUAUGUCGCGGUGGCCCUUGCCAUUCAACUUUUCUCACGUUUCUAACUUCCGUGAUCUUGGAGGUUUCAAGACCACUAACGGUAGACGGGUCAAACCUGGAGUCUUCUUCCGUUGUGCCAAUCCAUGUGACAUCACAUCAGAUGCCAUGGAAUACAUGACGCAAAGACUACAUGUAUCAAAAGUAUUCGACUUGAGGUCUACGGCUGAGGCGAAAGAACACGGCGCAAUAAAGGGAAUCGAAGUAGAAAAUCUUCCCCUUAACGAUCAUCAGAGUCUUGCUCCCGAGGACUUAGCCAAACAUUAUCAAGGCCUUCUCUUGUCACCUUACAUGUUCCCGCAAGCGUACCUUGUCAUCACUAGGAAUAGCGCACCUCGCUUGAAAACGUUCUUUCAGUACAUCAUUGACGGGAAAUGUGAUUCCCAGCAUGCUGUACUCUUCCACUGUGCUGCAGGUAAGGAUAGAACUGGUAUUCUAGCAAUGCUGAUCCUUGCGAUACUUGGCGUAGACGAUGACACAAUUUCCCGUGAAUAUGAGCUUACAGCGCUUGGCUUGAAAACCGAGCAAAAGCUUAUAGACAUGAUGGAGAAACGUGGCGAUGUGUUUUAUGAGAUGCUAGGUUCCAGAGAACUUGCGAAGGAGUAUAAUGUCGACCCAAAAAUUAUGUGUCGAAAUGUGCUAUCCUCCAAGUACGAAGCGAUGAGACUGUUCAUUGACAAAUUCAAUGCUGAAUACGGAUCUGUCGAACGGUUCUUUUUGAAUACUCUUGGCUUCGAACCUAAAGACAUUGAUACUAUUAGAAACACAUUACUGGAGUAA